GAUUUGGAAUAUUUGGAUUUAUUAAAAUAAAAUAUAUAGAAGCGCUAGUUUAUUGUAACUGAAAUAAGUUACGCUGAUUUUGCCCUAUCUAAGUAUAAUAGUUACUUUAAAUCGUCGAUCAUGUCUGGAGAUACAGAGGAAGAUCCGGAUAUUUUGCAAAAUUUUACUGAAGUUUUAAAUGGACUUGCGGGAGAACUCAAAAAUCUAUUUGAUUACCGAGAUUUAUUCUUUGAAAACAACCCAAUUGAGUUGGCUCCAGACAAGAAUAAGCUUGUUGAUGAAAAGAAGGAAAUUCUAAUUGAAAAAUUUGAAAGCAUAGAUGACAGCCAAAUCCCGUUCUCCCUCCGAGCCAGAUUCUUGUACAUGAAAGGUCGGUGUUACAACAUCAGCACCAGCUACGACGCCCGCGCGACCCAGUGCCUCAGUAAAGCGGUGAAGCUGAGUCCGCAGAUGGUUGACGCGUGGAAUGAGCUGGGAGAGUGUUAUUGGAAGAACAUGAACGUCAAAGAGGCAAAGGCUAGCUUUGAGGGGGCUUUGAAACAUGAACGCAACCGCCUCUCUCUCCGCUGUCUCUCCAUAAUCCUUCGCCAGGAAACCGGAGACAAGCGAGAAGACACCGCAUCCACCAUCGCCCGGAGCGUCGAGCUCGCCAGAGAAGCGGUGUCUCUCGACACUAAAGAUGGAGUGUCUUGGGUAGUGCUAGGAAAUGCUUAUUUGUGUCAAUUCUUCCUCGGGGCGCAAGAUCCAGCGAAGUUGAAGCUGUGUAUGAGUGCGUAUAAGCAGGCGUUGAACGACCCGGUGGCUAAAGGGCAGCCGGAUUUGUAUUAUAAUAAGGGAAUUGCAUUAAAAUUCGAAGAAUAUUACGCAGAAGCGCUGUCAGAUUUCGACUACGCGUGCCGCCUAGAUCCGCCUUGGGAGUUGCCUCGGCUGGAACUAGCCAGACUGAAGCAGUACCUGAUAGCCGCAAACGAUCUGGCUAAAACGAGAGGCAGGAUAAAGACCAAGAGGCUGCAACAGAUGGUUCAGUCCAUAGACAAGAAGAUGCUGGGCGUGUACGCGACGGCGACCAUAGACAACAACGGCAAGCGCGAGUCCGCCUUCAGCCACGUCACUUUCGACCAGCUGGUCGAAGGCAAGAACACGGGCAAAGUUGUGCUGGGCAAAGUUGUUGGCUCCAUACAUAACGAGAACGCUGUGCCCUUUACUUUCGCCAUAGUGGACGCCUCGAUGGAGUGCGUGCUGGUCACCGUGUACAACUGGGCGGACGGGCGCGGCGCCAUCAUCGCGGACUGCGUGGCCGUCCCCGAGCCCACACUCGCCACGCAUACGUUGGAUGGACCGUUGGCAAAAUACGAUUUCAAAUCCAUUCGCGUCAACAACCCGACGUUGCUCCGUGUGAACGGUAAGCGCGUCGGCCUCGACCAGUUCGCGUCCACCAAGGUCACCAGCACGUACGAGGUGCACUGACGAACCUAACAGGUACUAACACUGUUGGUAGAUCCUAUUUCUUCGCAGUAAGGUUCAAUAUUGAUCGAUGAUACCAUUUUUUGUCGUGGGUUAUAGUGCAAAAUUUUAUCUUACAGCCUUAUCUUGUAAAAAAAUUUUUUGUAUCCACGGGUUUAAUCUUGCUUUGUAUACCUUUCUUACUAAAAAUAUUGAAACGCUUCAAACUCUGAAAUUUUAUCAAAAUAAUUUCGUUCGCUUUUAGGCUAUUUUUUGUCUUUUUUUUUUUAAUAUGUAAUAUAUUUAAAAUCCUGUCAUUUUAAAAUCCUGUUACAUUUUUAAAUCUAUCCGAGUAAACAACCCGAAUUUGUGUUAAUGUACCCGAAUGGUUCUAGGUUAUUUUUUGACUUUUUAUUAUAUAUAAUAUAUUAAAAAUCUUGUCACUUUGAAAUCCUGUUACAAUUUUAAAUCUAUAGGGACCGUGCGCGUUGGAGGGUCUGCCAUCUUGUGGCCUGAAUCGGAACCAUAAACAUGCACAUGUACACGUCACGUGUUUUCUUGUGCAUAGUCGGUUCUGCCAUCUUGUGGGCUACAUCGGAACAAAAAACAUCACAUAUACGCCUCGCGCCAAAAAUCUGACGGCUCCUGUGCUGUGUCAAUGAACUCAACUGGUUUAAAUAUGGAAUGUAACUAGCAUCGUCCACAUU